AUGCACAUAGAGAAGUCAGCCCGGUCGGAGGGAGAGUCGUCCGGUGAGCAAUCCUGCGAGAGCUCGGACGAGGGUGUAGGCCGAGACGCCCCCAGCAUCCAACAACACCCACAACACCAGCCCAUGCCUCAUCCGCACCAGCACAACUUGACACACCACGCGAUGAAUCAUCAGCAAAUAAAUCUCAACCAUCAGCUUCAGCGGAACUCACCGAGACCCAUGGAGAGGGAGGUGAUCAAGGUCCGAGACGACUUCGAAUCCCUGAAGACAUCGCUACACCCACACCUCUCUUCUCUCGCAUCUCUGGCCCAAGGCGCCCCUCUUUCGACACCUAGCGUGUUCGCCAUGGCAGGUGGUGGUCCUGGGGGAUUCUAUGCUCCCCCGGCGUUCCUCGCCCCAGCGCCCCCUCCACCAGCUCCGCCGGCAGGGUCUGCCUCGUCCUCCUCUUCCGAGGGCAGCGCCGCAGGGUGGAGCUUUGAAGAGCAAUACAAGCAGGUCCGUCAGGUAAGUCAUAGUUAUUGGUUUGUUAUGUGUAUUAUAUGCAAGAGUUUUUAG